AUGGGUUGGUUUUGGGCAGAUUCCAGUGUUAGAGAACGUGGUGGCAGCGAAAGCGUGGAGGAAAGUGCAGUUUCUGGUUGUCCGGUUAUACAUAGCAAUUCUAAGACAGCAUCUGGAUAUCCAGUGGUUAAAGAAGGUACGCCAGCUGAGAGUUCGAGCUGCCCUGUGAUCCAUCAGGGGGGGCAAAACGUGGGGUUAAACCCUCUAAACAAUGUGCCUAGUUUUAUAUCGGACAGGAAGCAGCCUGGCCAAAAGCUUGAUUUACCGACAUGCCGUACUACAAGCAGCAUUCCAAAGGGUUCUUGUGAUCAGAUGGGCAAGGAAGAGUUCUGGGAGUAUCCAUCUCCGCAACAGAUGUACAACGCCAUGGUUCGCAAGGGCAAAGUAGACCCUAACACUGGGGAGGAGAUUCCUGAGGAUGCUGUUGAGUCGAUGGUGUUCGUCCACAACUAUUUGAACGAGGGUUGCUGGGAGGAAAUAUUAGACUGGGAGAAGCCCCAUAUAGAGGCUACUGCCAGGUACCCUAAACUGUUGAAGUUCAUGGGGAAACCAAGUCAGGUUACUCCAAGAGCACGCUGGUACCAUCUACUGGGCACUUUGUUCCCAAGUAAAUUUUGCGGUGAACUGCCCUUCGAUAGACAUGACUGGAUCGUUUUGAGGCCCGAUCCUAUGUCAACGGAUACAGAGAACCCGGGUUACCGCAAAGUGCGGUACGUCAUAGAUUUCUACGGCGGUCCUGAUGACGAAGAGGGAUUACCUACAUUCAACUUGGAUGUGAGACCAGCGUUGGAUAAUUUGGGUAAUGCGAAAGAUCGGUUUAACCGGUGGGUGAAGCCCAUUUGGGAUGAAUAUUUCCCUGACAACAAGCAAUAA